GCGUCUGCGAUGAACUGACUACAACUACGGCAAACAACUCGCUUAUUUCCAAGCUAAAACUCCUGCCUACGAAUAAAACACGAUAAUUUAACACAACUUAUUAAUGAGUGGGGGAAAAAAGCCUCACAAGUUAUAUUUAAUUUGUCGUUAAAAAUGAUAUUUUGAUGCGUCAUGCCGAAUUAACAAACCGCGUUUUUCUGUCAAACCGCUCGUAGGCUUCCGUCCGGUCCAGCCUCGCCGCUUCUGCCUGUGAAACGCGUUAAAGUGAAACUUAAACACUGAACGAUGAGCCGCAGCUACAACGAUGAGCUGCAGUAUCUGGAUAAGAUCAGCAGCAACUGCUGGAGGAUCAAGAAAGGCUUCGUGCCCAACAUGCAGGUUGAAGGAAACUUCUAUGUGAACGACGCUCUGGAGAAGCUGAUCUUUGAGGAGCUCCGUAACGCCUGUCGAGGAGGAGGUUUUGGCGGCUUCCUUCCCGCCAUGAAACAGAUCGGGAACGUGGCGGCGCUGCCGGGGAUCGUACACAGGUCCAUCGGGCUCCCAGACGUUCACUCCGGAUACGGAUUUGCGAUCGGAAACAUGGCGGCCUUCGACAUGAGCAACCCGGACGCCGUCGUGUCUCCAGGCGGCGUUGGCUUUGACAUUAACUGCGGCGUCCGUCUGCUGAGGACGAACCUGGACGAAGGAGACGUCCAGCCGGUGAAGGAGCAGCUCGCCCAGGCGCUGUUCGACCACAUCCCAGUGGGCGUCGGCUCCAAGGGGGUCAUCCCCAUGGGGGCCAAGGACCUGGAGGAGGCCCUGGAGAUGGGGGUGGACUGGUCCCUGAGGGAGGGCUACGCCUGGGCCGAGGACAAGGAGCACUGUGAGGAGUACGGCCGGAUGCUGCAGGCCGACCCCAACAAAGUGUCCUCCAAGGCCAAGAAGAGAGGCCUCCCUCAGCUCGGGACUCUGGGAGCAGGAAACCACUACGCCGAGAUCCAGGUGGUGGACGAGAUCUACAACGACUACGCCGCCAAGAAGAUGGGCAUCGACCACAAAGGUCAGGUGUGUGUGAUGAUCCACAGCGGCAGCAGAGGGCUCGGACACCAGGUGGCCACAGACGCUCUGGUUGCCAUGGAGAAGGCGAUGAAGAGAGAUAAGAUCACGGUGAACGACCGUCAGCUGGCCUGCGCUCGCAUCACGUCUCAGGAAGGACAGGACUACCUGAAGGGGAUGGCCGCCGCAGGAAACUACGCCUGGGUCAACCGCUCCUCCAUGACCUUCCUCACCCGACAGGCCUUCGCUAAAGUGUUUGUGACGACGCCCGACGACCUCGACAUGCACGUCAUCUACGACGUCUCUCACAACAUCGCCAAAGUGGAGGAGCACAUGGUGGACGGGAGGCAGAAGACUCUGCUGAUCCACCGCAAAGGAUCCACCCGAGCGUUCCCCCCCCACCACCCGCUCAUCCCCGUGGACUACCAGCUCACAGGUCAGCCGGUGUUGAUCGGAGGGACGAUGGGAACCUGCAGCUACGUCCUCACCGGGACGGAACAAGGCAUGACGGAGACGUUCGGCACCACCUGUCACGGAGCGGGUCGUGCUCUGUCUCGGGCGAAGUCCCGCAGGAACCUGGACUUCCAGGACGUCCUGGACAAACUGGCCGACCAGGGCAUCGCCAUCCGAGUGGCUUCACCCAAACUGGUGAUGGAGGAGGCUCCUGAAUCAUACAAAAACGUGACGGACGUUGUCAACACGUGUCACGAUGCUGGAAUCAGUAAGAAGGCGAUCAAACUGCGACCGAUCGCUGUGAUUAAAGGCUGAAGCGGCUCGACGGCUAAAGACUAUUUACACUAAACGGGAAUGAUGUCAUAACGCAACAGACUUCUGUGCUGGAAAAGCAGAAGAUAGUCGCUUUUUUGUUGUUUGUUUUGCAACAGAAUUUAUGUUGAAGUGGAAAUGAGAUUGAAAAUUUCAUUAUUUUGUGUUCUUGUCAAAUCUGUGAUCCAAGUAAAGACGAUCACGUUUCUUCAGAAUUUUCUCCAUUAAUUCACCUUUAAAGUGUCUCGGUUACAGAAAAUCUGCUUUAAUUCACUAAUUAAUUCCAGGUAGUUUUUUUUAAAUCACUUUUAAACUACCGUCAGUGAAACUGGAAUUAAAAGAGGAAUCGUCGACUUAAUCUCCUCUUUGUUUGAGAGUUAUUGAUGUGAUUAUUUCUGAUUGAUCAGCUGAACAGGGAGUGUUAUUGACGGUGGCUUAACCGCAAAUUAAAAAAAUAUGAAUUAAUGAAAGUAGCCGUUUGUUUCUUUUUUCUAAAAGAAAUACUGUUUUUAUUUUCAAAUUCAUUGAUAAUCUCUUCUACUUUUCUGUUUAUUUUAAUGGCUGUUAAUCUGUCAAUUAACAUUAUACUAAUAAUUUUUCUUACAUUCAUAUAUAUUUAGUUGGAUGUCUGAUUAGAAAACUGAAUUUUAGUUCCUAAUCACCAAUUAGAGGUUGAACACCUGGCAGUACAGAUGUUGUAUCAUUAAUAAAACACUUAUUACAUGUUAAAAAUGGAGCGUUAUUAGACAGAGGU